UAUCUGCAAUAGUGUCAAAAGUAUCAAAAUCAAAAAUGGCGGCGGACGGUGACGAAGUGAUUAGUGAUCAGGAAAAAGUUAGAAUUGUUUCAGAUUUUAUUCUCCAUUCGCCACCAGGUGAAUUUAAUGAAGUGUUUAAUGAUGUGAGAGUCCUUUUAAACAACGAUACUUUACUGAAAGAGGGUGCUAGCGGAGCUUUCGCGCAAUACAACAAGGAUCAGCUCACACCCGUGCGUCUCGAAGGCUCCGAGCUCCAUACGCUAAUUACAGACCAUAAUGAGCUCGGUGGUGGAAGAUUUUUCGAUCCACGUUCAAAGCACUCUUUUAAAUACGACCAUCUACGUAAAGAAGCGUCCGAAUAUGAACCUUACGAACCUGAUAGAGUGGCGGAGCCCUGGCGGGCCGCGUUGGACGUGGAGCUAACCAAUUAUGUGGCUGAACACUACAAACAUGGGGCCAGUUUAGUGGUAGGCCGGGCUCUGGAAUCCGGUGCUGUAUCACUCGUGGCGUGUAUCGAAGACCAUCAGUUUCAGCCGAAGAACUAUUGGAACGGCCGGUGGCGUUCCGUUUGGUCGCUGACGGUCGGCAGCGGCGCCGCCGAGUUGCGGGGCAUGCUUCGAGUACAAGUGCAUUAUUAUGAAGAUGGAAACGUACAACUGGUUAGUUCUAAGGAAGUUCGCGCCCCGCUGAUCGCGACGGGCGAGGUGGCGACGGCGAAAGAGUUUGUGAAACUCGUGUGCGACGCGGAAAACGCGUACCAAACUGCGAUAUCAGACAACUACAAGACCAUGAGCGACACGACGUUCAAGGCGCUGCGGCGGCAGCUGCCGGUGACGCGCAGCAAGAUCGACUGGGCGCGCCUCGUCUCCUACACGAUCGGUAAGGAGCUCAAGAGCCAAUGAUGUCCCGCCGCUGCACUAUGAGCUGCAGCGUGCUCCAUGCCUCUGUACAUAUUCACAUAAGAAAAGUCUUGUUCAAAUGUUUACUGGCACCGAGGGACGCAGCCCCGGCGCAUAUUUAUCUAUGAGUAUAUAGAGAAAUCGCUAUUGUAAACUGUUAAAUUUUAUCGCAUUUUGUUACUCUCAUUAUGGAAGGAUAUUGAUUAUUACAUAAAUUAUUGCCCGCUUGGAAGUGGUGUUCCCGAUAGUGUCCAUGACAAUCAUGUUGUCUGAGUAUAAUAGCAGAGAUUAUAGAACAUUGUAAAUGUAAUUAGGACCUUUAGAGUGCUUAGGUCCAUAGCACAGCCUUAAAUUCAAUAAAAUUCAGUUGUUCCGUUUGCAGCAGGUGGAUUGUUGUGUGAGCAAUAUAUAUUCCUUUAAACCAUGUCAAUUACUGAGAGAUAUUACUCCAAAUAGCAUUCAAUUCAUUGCAUGCAAAUUUUUUAAAUUCCAUCCAUCAAAAAGACAGUAUUAUUUGUAUAUUUGUUUUAAAUAUUGCUUGCAUAAUAUAUGUGCGCUGUCAGCUAAACAUGGAAAGAUUUCUAAUGGUGCAUUUAAUUAUAGUUAAUUUAAUUGUCCAUGUAGCUUUAGAGCAAGUUUAUGGGCAGAGAGCACAAUAUAUUGUCUUGAAAAAUUAAGCCUACAACAGUUGCUCAAAUGAUAUUGUGGGUGAAAUUUAGUUGUCCAUAAAUUAUGUCAUUGAGAGUGAUCUAAAGCAUUUUUUUAUAUGUAACAA